ACGCUGAUGUAAACAAGGAAGCAGCAAGUGCAACCAACACCCACCACAAACAAGAACUGAUGUCUCGCCACUUCAUGAUCAGGUUUCCCUUUUAUAUAGGGACAGGAUUUGUUAGGAGAUCGACGGAAAGCCAAUAAAACAUCAGUUACAUCUUUCUUUUUUUGUUUUAUUUUUUGCUUCACCUUUGUUUCGUUUUUAGUGAAUUGAUAUGGAUGAACAACACAAGAAGAUUCUUCAGAGGAACCGGAUUAUUUUGGUGAAAGACUUGGAUCCAUCCGGCCUUUAUGAUGCCCUUCUUGAAAAGGGAGUUUUCACUUCGGACAUGAUCGAUGAGAUAAAGAGCUCCGGGACCAGACGAGACCAGGCCAGACAGUUAGUCCGGGACCUGGAGACCCGCGGGAGUCGAGCCUUCCCUUUGUUUCUAGACGCCCUUCAGGAGUCGGGGCAGCACAGCCUGGCACAGAUCCUGCAAACGGAUGCUCCAACAAUUCAUCUUCAGCCCAGCACACCCACAAAUAUCCGCCCUAUUGUCCGGCCUCUUCCAGUCAGCUCUCCGAUGGACAUUGACAAGAAAAACAAAGAUGUUAUCCCUGUCUAUCCAUUGCAGAGGCCCAAUACUACUCCGACUCUAUCACCUGAGAAUGAGUUCUUCAGACCAAGACCACAUGGCAGGACACGACGGGAUAGUCUUCAGGGCUACAAGAUGGAUGCCAGCCCAUGUGGCCUUUGCCUCAUCAUAAACAACAUGGAGUUUGAACCUCAAAGCGAGCUGAGCAAUCGCAAAGGGUCCAACAUAGACUCUGAAAAGCUGGAGAGAAGGUUCAAGGCACUCAACUUUAUUGUAGAAGUCAAAACAAACCUGAAACAGAAACAAAUCAAACAGAACCUAUCAGCCUUGUCUAAGAAAGACCAUUCCCUGUAUGACUGCUGCGUGGUUAUAAUGCUCUCCCAUGGGACUGAGGUGAAUCACAGCCGCUUCCCGGGAGCCGUCUAUGGUGUGGACGGACUGCAUGUCCCAGUUCAGAACAUCACAACCUCCCUCAACGGCCAGCACUGCCCGUCUUUGCAAGGAAAACCCAAACUGUUCUUCAUCCAGGCCUGCGGAGGAGGUGAAAAAGACACCGGGUUUGAGGUUUCCCCGGAAGAAUCUUCGCUGUCCAUCAGCGGGUUAGAUGACGAGACGGAUGCCAUCCCGACAUCGUCCAGCAGCGACUCUCUGAGCAUAUCUGAUGAAACUGACGCCAGAACCACGCUGCCCACCCCGUGCGACAUCCUGGUGUCCUACUCUACUUUCCCUGGUUACGUUUCCUGGAGAGACACUGAGUCAGGCUCUUGGUACGUGGAGAUACUGGACCGUAUACUGGAGGACAACGCUGCUACUGAUGACUUGGUCACGAUGUUGAUGAUGGUUAACCACGAAGUUUCCCAAAACUCUGCAAAAGGGGUCUACAAGCAAAUGCCUGGUUCCUUUAAUUUUCUGCGGAAACUCCUAUACUUCCAAGCCGAGGCUUAGUGGAGAAACUUCCGCACACAAAAAAACAACGUUUUUUGCAAGAUGCCUGAAUUUGAAAUGUUUUGUGAUUGUAUUUUUACUGAAAUGAUCAUGUUUUGCCAAUGACCUCAUGAAUUUUUUACAGUUGAUACUUUUCUAAAUGAACAAUUUGGCUAUUGGUGUAACUUUGCUUUAAAAAAAAAAAAGCAUAUGUCCUUUUUUUUAAAAUUUAAUGGACACAUUGUAUGUAGCACUUUUGAGGAGCAGAAAAAUCAACAAAGCCUAUGAGCCUAUUAUUGUCUGAGACGUUGCACAUAACAGACUGGGCCCAAAAUGUCUACAUUGAUUUAAAAGAAUUUCACACCUUGAUCUUUUUACUUUUGUUGUACUUGUCACCCUUUUUUCUUGUUCUUUUUUUGUAUAUAUAUAAAUAUGAAUGAGCUCCAAUUAAAACACAC